AAAUUUGUCGAUAUUUUGCGUUAAAUCGUUGAAGAAGCUGUGUCUUACAGAGAUAAGCGUUUUUAAAAAAAAUAUCAGUAGAUUUACACAAUUGGGCACAACCAAGUUACACUUUAACACGACUCACUUUAAAAACAUCAAGUGAAACGAAACCUCUUCUAGUUAGCUAAACAAUUCUAAACAUUCGAUAUGGGUGUACAAGAGGAACAUGAUAGCAUUGUGUCUGGCAAAGGUGAAAACCAAGUGCGAGCCAUGAAAGAGGAAGCAGAAGAACUUAAAGAAUUUUAUAAGAAACUAAAGUCGCAGAAUGACUCCCACCAUAGAAGUAUCGUAGGCUUGACGACGGAAAAAGAAGACGUUCGAAUGCGCAUCCGAGCGUUACUUAAUAAACGCCAAGCAGCCGAAGGUCCGGACUUCGACGAAUAUCAAAUCCAACGACGCGUCUCAAAGACGUACGAACCUAUCGAUCACCAGCGACGAAAAUCGUCGUCGACAAGACGCCCCGUUAUGUCUACCACUGCCGAAGUGACUACAGAAAAAACCGUGCUAGAGCACGAACCAGAAGUAAAAUCAUCAAUGCCUGCCAGUAUCACUGUAACACUAAAUACGAAUUAGGAGCGAAAAAAACACCCUUUA